AUGGCAGAGUCGCUACUUCAGCCAGUUGGCAGUCUCUCGCCGGCCGAGGUUCUCAAACUGGCCCAAAAAGCCCCCGAGAUUUUGCGACAGAACCCGAAAGCCUCCUCAGCAUCGCCUUUGUCCUCACUCUUCUCUACUCCAGAGACGGCCGAUACUUGGACGAUAUACGAGAACCUAAUGAUCGCAUGUCUUCAAACUGGCGACGAUGAAGCUGCCAACGAGUGCCUUGGGAGAAUAGUCACUCGAUUCGGCGAUUCGCAUGAUAGGGUUUUGGCGUUGAAGGGAUUGUUCAAAGAAGCGACGGCGUCCAACAACGCGGAGCUGGAGAAGAUAUUGGAGGAAUACGAAGCUCUGCUGCAACAAAAUGAUGCCAGUAUUGUGAGUGGUACACUUUCUCAAGCAUGUCUGGGUCAUCGUACUGACUCAAUGAAGCCUAUUUGGAAGCGCAAAGUAGCACUCCUCCGAUCCAUGGGCAAGCUUCCUGAAGCUGUCACGGCGCUGAACUCCUUGCUUGACGUCUGUCCCACCGAUCCCGAGGCUUGGGCCGAGCUGGCCGAUAUGUAUAUUACUCAGGGGCUGUAUGCUCAGGCCAUUUAUGCAUUGGAAGAGGUUCUUGUACUAUCGCCUAAUGCCUGGAACAUUCACGCUCGACUGGGCGAAAUAUCGUUCAUGGCGGCUACAACAGCAUCGGAGGGAGGGUCACAAAAACACUAUGCAGAAGCUGUGAAGCGAUUCUGUCGUAGUAUAGAGCUUUGUGAUGACUAUUUGCGUGGCUAUUACGGCCUGAAGCUUGUUACGGAUAGACUUGUACAAAACAUGCCCAAGUCAAGAAAGGACUCGGAUGGAUUCCAGCUACCUGACCAAGCAACCAUUGAGAAGCUGAACGAAGCAGCUACCAAGAAAUUGGGAGAAAUUGUACGCCGUAAUGGAGCCAAGGACAAGCUGUGGCAAGGUUACGACGCCAGAGAGAUUGCUGCAGCUCGAGAACUUCUAGACAGCUCAUCUACCAGUGUGGUUCGGUAA